GCGGACGCCCCGUCUAGCUGGCGGAACGAGCGAUGGCGGCGGAGCGGGUGGGGAGGCGCUUGGGGCGCGCGUCGCCGGCCCGUUCUGCCGGCCUCUCUCCCGGAGGGAACCGCACAGAAGGGGCCUCCAGCCCAGGCAUCCAGAGGCGCCAAGCGCGGGUCACUGUUAAGUAUAACCGACGGGAACUGCAGCGGCGCCUUGACACGGAAAAGUGGAUUGAUGGCCGCCUGGAGGAGCUGUACCGAGGACGGGAAGAUGAGAUGCCAGAUGAAGUCAAUAUUGAUGAUCUCCUGGAGAUGGACACAGAUGAAGAGAGGGCCAAGAAAUUACAGGGCAUCUUGGAGUCAUGCCACAACAACACAGAGGACUUUACCAGAGAGCUGCUGGAGAAGCUGAGAGGCCUCCGAACAGAACACGUCCUCCGCCGGACAAGUCCCAGCAGCCAGAGGAACAUGGAGGAGGGUGUCGAAGCGGCUGUGAAGCGGCUGUGAAGCUGGGCAGCUGCGGAGGGCUGAGCUGCUGGAAGAAUUUGCUGCCUCCACUAGCUUGGACUGGUUCCACUGUCUGCAGGGCACUGGCUUCAGCCGCCUCUGCCCCCAGCCACCCCUGUCCAGCCAUGCCCUGGCCUGACUUUAACAAUAUUCUUAAGGCUCCCUCCCCUCUGGGUAAAUCUCUGUACAGUGGAUGACAGCCUUUGCUGUGGUCCCCUCCCCUCCUAUAAUAAAGUGCUCUCUCCCCCA